AUGCAGCAACAGUCGAAAGCGAGUUUCGCUGAAGAAGAGAACACACCUGUCAUGGCAGAAUCGAAUGUGGAUGGUAACAUUCCACCCAUGAAAACGCCAAUUAGCUCUGCAAAGUCAUCGUUAGCGUUUAUCGAAUCAUUACCCAACAUUGUGCAAACCGCGUUAAAUCAAGUGGCCCAAGAUGAAGGCUUCACAAAUGGACGAUACACGAUCAAUGUUGAGGAUGGUACAAUCAAAGGGGAUGGAUUCAUAGCCGAAAUGAUCAGGGCUUCCCUAUCCGAGGGUGAUCGCCGAAACGCAUACCUCUGCAAGAUACCGUCCAUGAACGAAGCGCGACGGCAGCAGGAUGGUACCAUGGAAAUCUUUGAGCGCGAGAUAACCAUGUACAACGAGAUACUUCCGGCGAUGUUCACCUACCAGGAGAAGAAAGGCAUUGGUCGGGUGGAUGGUUUCUUCAAUAUUCCGAAAUGCUACUAUGCGCGCUUCGAACAGCAAACCCAAGAAGCGAUCAUUGUUAUGGAGGAUCUACGAUCGCUGGAUUACCGCAUGUAUUGCAAACAGACGCCAGUUGACUUCCAGCAUGCCCAAUUGCUAAUGGAGCACGUGGGUCGGUACCAUGCGGUCUCGUUGGCGAUGAAACGUGACCAGCCGGAAGAGUUCGAAAGGUUUAAGAUAGAAAAUCCAUUGAAAAAUACGUUACGAACUCCCGAAGCUCCAUUCUUAAUGGUACUGAGGAAAACGGCAGCUGAUGCGCUGGAAACUUUGGAGCCCCAUGAAGCGAUCGAACGAACCAAGAUGCAGCAAAUGAUUGACAAUAUGAUGGAGGAAUUCGUAAGGUUUGAUGAUAUUUCGUUGGUAGAACCGUUUGGUGUACUUCGGCACGGUGAUUGCUGGAUAAACAAUAUGCUGUACCGAUAUAAGGAUGAUGCUCCCGAGAAUAUCAUUUUGCUCGAUUGGCAAGUUUCGUGCUAUGGCUCGCCCGUUCUCGAUUUGGUAUAUUUCAUCUUUUGCUGCACGGACGAAGAGUUUCGGCGUCUUCAUUACGUCGAAAUGUUAGACAUCUACCACAACUCGCUCUCAGCGCUGCUCAAACUGCUUGGCCACGACCCACAGCAAGUGUUCCCGCGUUCUGCCCUUGACCUUCAAUUGCAACUAUUCGGCCGGUUCGGUUUAAUGCUGGCUGUGCUGCUUGUUCCGUUGCAGUGUACCGCCAGUGAAGAUCUUCCCGAUUUGGACGACACUGCGGAAACGUUUCGAGACACGCAGACUUUCGAUGCCGCUGUCUUCACGAAAAACGCCAAUCAAAUUGCCUUUCGCAAGCGUAUGAGUGGGGUAAUUCGUGACACAAUUCGAUAUGGGUAUAUGUAA